GAUAUUGUACCCAUCUGCCUUAGGAUAUGCCACGAAAGUAUAGAAAUGCAGCCUGCAAUACCUGCCGACAGCGCAAACUGAAGUGUGAUGAGACCUUCCCUGUUUGCCAACGAUGCUCGAAAGCUCAGCGCUAUUGCGAUCGCUCAGGGAGACCAUCCGGGCACUUAAGCUCCAGCGACCUAGAUACCAACAAAAGCUCGUCACCGGAUGACUCUCCCCGUAAACUUCUGCAGUCAUCCGAAUUGGCAAGCUACUUCCGCGGCUACAUUAACAAUGUCGCACCGUGGUACGAUCUUAGUGACUCAAGUUGCUCAUUCUCUAAUGAAGUUCCUCUAAUUGCUUUGGAUGAAUGCCUCCUGUUCUACGCAGUAAUCGCUUUGUCUGCUAUGUAUGUGAGUCAGACUACGGCGCCAUCAGCGCGGACUAUAGCCGAGAUGUAUCACACGAAGUGCAUACGACGUCUCAUCGAUCUUGGUCCGGAGGACGUGUUGAUUGGGAAAGGCGUGGCUCUUGCUGCUACCUGUCUUUUGAGGUCGUAUGAAAUCCUGUUUGAAAAACAUGAUCCUAACAGGCAUUUGAAGGGUGCCUUUUCUCUGGCAUCUCAACUUCGAGAUUUCGUUGGUCACCCCUUUGGAGAUCUUCUUCACUCUGGCUUCUGGAAUUAUUUGCGUGAGGAUAUCACCUUCAGUUUAUUCGGAAACUGUCCCUUGAAGAUGGGCCUGGACCAUACACUUAGACUUCACAAUGUGUCGUCUGACCAGGACCGACUAAACACUGUAACGCUCGUUCUUGGACGUAUAAUCAAUGCCAUGAUUGGAUCUUCGGCCGAAGAGGCGAGUAAUCGCUGGGAAUUAAUGCUAUCGUACAUCAAAGACUGGCUGUCGGACUUACCACCACAUUUUCAGCCCUUCUCACGAGCAUCAAUCCCUUCAUUAUCCAGACUUCCGACAGUACAUAUGCUAAAAGCAUGCCAUGCCGCAUCGCGACACUAUUGCUUAGUCUCAAUUGCAGUGCUUGCAAUACAUGCACAAACAGCAUCGCGAGUCGACGAUUUAGCGUCUCUCGCCUCAAGAACAGGUCUCAUCACGACCACUGUUACAGAAAAAGAAGAUCUGCUUGAGCAGAUUGGCCUCGAAGUUUGUGGUAUCGCAUUUACAUCUAAUGAGCCCUCUGUUCUGGUAAAUGCCUUUGGUCCUAUAUCUUAUUGCGCAAAACAUAUACGGGAAGAGGCGCCCCAGCAAGAGUUAAUCAGACACCUUGUAGCUUCUAAGAAAAGUACAGGUUGGCCCGUCCAACAGAUUAUCCCCAAAUUGCAGCAGUGCUGGAAGACUAGCUUCUUGACAUGAGGAGCCCCGCGUUCUGUCUCCACCUUCACCUGAAUAUAGAGGCCCCGACCACGUAUACAUGAUUGAGGUUCUAGAAUUGUGACGGAGCGGCGCAGCGCUUUCGCCAGUGGCGCAGUGCGCCCCUGACGAGGGUGCACUGCGCCCCGGCAGAAGCGCACCUAUAAGGGCGCUUCUGGCAGGGGCGCUACGCUCCGAGGAUUAGCCGGAACGCCUAUAUAGUUAGAAUUUUCUACGCACUUUAUUACAGAAUUAAUAAUAAAAUAACGC